GGAGAGGAGCAGAGGGCCACCCUCCCACUUGCUACAACCUGUUCAGCUCCUUCUCCUGCUGCUAUAAAGACUUCCCUGACUUGUGACUUGGGCUCAGAGCCCAGGAGGAAGCAACAGAGCUUUGCUUUAGGUCACCACGACGGAUCUGAGAUGAUUGCUCUGGAAGAUUUCUGGUAGAACUUUCUCCUACCUGGCCUUGCCUUCAUAAGCAGUAACCCUUUGGGACAGAGGUGCACCAAAACUCUUUGACAUACAGUGAGCUCUUGGCACGCGCUGUAAAUUUUCUUCCCGUUUUAAGUUGGAACCUUUGAAGGCGAAGAUGCCGCUUGCUUCUUUUCAAAAUGAGAGGAAAUGAAGAAAGAGAUUCAAGAUCCAAGCAAAUGUGGGGGGGAACGCCAGGUUUCGCUCUUGGUUUGUCCAAAACAGGGGCCACUUCAUACCUAUUGAAUGAUAUGUAAUUUGGGAAAGAUGGUGCUUUUCACAAUAAGUCCAUCCUCUUGAAGUUGAGGAAAGUAUUUUCUCUUGAAGACCUAUUGCAAGCAGCUUUUUUUUUUAAAAUCACUUCAGCAAAAGCUUCCCCCAUGAAACCCUGCAAACCAAACCCCAAGGAGACUCCCAGUGCAGAUGCUGGCUUCCCCUGCAGCAGUGAGGCAGGCUGCGCAGAGAAAGGCAGCUCUGAAAGGCUGGAGAACUCUGCCAAGCGCAGGCUGGCCGCCAACGCCAGGGAAAGGAGAAGGAUGCAGGGGCUCAACAUGGCCUUUGACCACCUCCGCAAAGUGGUCCCCCAGUGGGGGCAAGACAAAAAGCUCUCCAAGUACGAGACUCUUCAGAUGGCGCUCAGUUACAUCAUGGCCCUGACACGGAUCCUGUCUGAAGCCGAGAGGUUCAGCGCACAGAAAGGCUGGAUUAACUUUCAGGAGGAGCAUUUCCAUGCUUGCACGGGUCAGAAGACGGCUGCGGAGACCGAGCCCUACGCUCCCAGACUUUUCCACUUCCAGCCUGAUCAUUUCUAAGUUUUAUCAACUAGAUCGACCGUGGAUCUGGGACAGGCUCGUUUUCUCACUCUUGUAAAACUUGGCAGCGAGAAUUUGAACAGCUGCAUGAGGUAAAUCACCAGUUGUGUUACUCUUGAUCUCAUUUGAUUUCAUCUUUGGAACAAAUCGAUCUAAUUCAUCGGCUGUUGGAGGAGAUAACUUUCCCCCUUCCUAUUGGUUACCUGUGAAAUAUGUACAAUAUCUUCAGGUUGCAUCCUUUUGACGUUAUGCAAUUUUUUUGGGGGGUAGUUAUAUGUGUCUGACCUACCAUGCCUUCUGUUUUCACAAUGAUAUGUUGAAGAAAACAAAGCAGGAUUAAUAGUAACAAUAACAGCAACAACAAAAUUAAUCCAGUUUUAUAUAUGGCAUGCAUGGACAAAUUUGGCUAUUGGAGAAUGUAAUUGACUAUUUAAUCAGAAUGAUUAGAUAUUCAAAUCUCCAUUAAUUCUUAAAUUGACAGUGUAUUUUAUUUUGUUUCCUCAUUAAUGGUAUAUUAUAUAACGGAAAAUAGAAAUGAUAUUCUUUAGUCCUCAAAGAAGUAACUUCCUUAAACUUUGUAAGUUUGUCUUUAUAGGUUCUUCUAAACCAAACUCUGCAAGUUUCACUUACCUUACAACUUGCAAUUUCUCAGAGUGUAAACCUAGAAUGAAACUCAUUUCAGCUAUAGUCUUUAGCGUGUUUAAAUAUUCUGUAUGCUGCUAUGAAGUUUAAACAAUGUUACAGGAUGAUAUAAGAUGCUUGCGUGAAAAUAAAAUUUUACAAUUUGUAAUUCAUAAUAAGGCUGAUUUUUUUUUAUAUUGUUUCAUUUCUUUUACAGUGUAAAAAGUUUUGUAAAAUAUAAAUAAACACAUUUUUUCACAUAUAAAA